AUGCCUUACACUCCGCCCUCACACCGAUCACCUGCCUCGACGGCUUCCAACUCACCCGAUGUGAGCCGUCGCUCCUCGUUCCAGUCCGCUCCUAGACCGUCUCUCCCUCGCUCCUCAUCAUACCUUAACAAGCACCGCAGGACUCCAUCAGUCAAUGCUGUUGGCGAUAAAUCAGAGACUUUGACGGCUCCCGACUUUGGGGAGGCUAGGCGUGCCAUGCUGGAUUUCGGAGGCAGCGUCCGGCAGUCGCCGCCUCCUGGGGUGGAUGAGCGUGCUCUGAUCCCCAAUGGAGCAGUCAUCUCACCUCCGGAAUCUGCUACGUCGGGAAGCGACGAGGACGAACCCCCAGAGAUGAAGAGUCGGCAAACAGAAGUUCUCAAGAAUCUAAGAGAGGCGGUCAGCCAAAUAUCAAAGUCAACAACGACGCCGCCUCCGCAGAAUGCGCAACCAAAGGUGACUAUCCCCCCGUCAUUUCACAUGAGCCUUAGCACAAGCGCUUUGAGCAACAUGUCGAGGGCCGGCCGCAAGAAUGGGCACGUCCGCUCAUCUACGGAGCCCCACGUGCCGUCGCUGCACAAGUCCAACAGCUCCUCGACGAAUUCCGAGGAGGAGACGGACGAGGACUCCAAGUGCAAGCCACAAAUGGUUCGCAAGAAAUCGGGCGAACUGGUUCGUCCUGCUCUUCGAGGCCACCGUCGCCCCUCUAGCGUGCCUGGCACACCCGUCUUCUCAAAAGCCGUACACUUCGACUCUCAUCUAGAACAUGUUCGUCACUUCUUGCAAGUAGACCGACCCCUUGCUGUCAGCGCGGGAUCCUCCCCCGUUGACAACUACGAGAGUGAUUCGGAGUAUCCAUUUCCCGGCAGAGGCCGCAGUGGCAAGGGCCCUCCCUUCGAGUGGGAGCUUGCCACGCCAAACUUUCCGCACGACUCGCUUGUGCGCAGCUCAAUGCCGGCGCGGCUCGAAAGAGUUUGGCUUUCCAACGACCAGAAGGCUCUCCUGGGCUCGGUGGCCGUGGUCAACCUGGCGUUCCACAAACUGGUUGUUUGCCGGUUCACGUUUGACUACUGGAAAACCGUGUCCGAGGUUAAUGCUGAAUACGGUCAUGAGAUCCGCCCGCGUGAGAGCCCGUUUGGCCAUGACCGGUUCACCUUUAACAUCAAGUUGUCCGACUUGGCGGAUCUCGAGUCCAAGACUCUCUUCUUCUGUGUGCGCUAUCUGGUCAACGGCCAAGAGCACUGGGACAACAACGACGCGACCAACUUCCAGGUUGGUUUUAAGAAGAAGUACCUGCCGCAAAACGGAAAGAACAACUUCCAGGGAAGCGCAUCGAAACCCGUCGGCGGCCUGCCACGCAGCAGCCGCAGGCAGAACAGCGGCGAUCAACCCGCCGGGCCGGCGGCCGGCUCUGCUUCGGCCGAUGCCUUUGGCAAGGAGGCCAGCCUGUUCAACUUUGGCCAACCCAUCCAUGAAUACUUGGGCGAGCCCGAGUCUGGCGGCGGCCUACGCUUCAAGUCCAAGUCGUCCUCCAACCUGGCAACCGACAACCUGGCCAAGGAGCUGUCGUUGCCGAGCGGGGUGGCGUUUUCCAACCGCUACGACUUUUCGGCCUCUCUGGAUGCUGCCGUCAAGGCGGCCAAGGACGCACCGCCCAAGCAGUCGAAGCAAAAGGAGAAGGACACUCUGUACAUGCGGAGGAACAUCCGCGGCUCCGAUUCAUUUGGGCCCGCGCCGUUUGCCGCAGGUCCAUCAUCGUCCAAGGAGGCGCAGCCGCCUGCGACAAGCAGCCUGCCUAGCACCUCUUACGAGGAACUCGUCAACAAGUAUUGCUUCUUUGGAUCUGCUACGAAGCCGUCGAGCCCUACCGUAAAGGACGGGCCGAUGAAGGUGGCGACACCGGAGGGGCGGAAAUUGCAGCUCCCUCCACACGGGGUGAGCGAUUGCUGCAAGGCGAAGCUGCCCACGUCGGCCGAGAGUCAAGGCCCUCGUCGUCACGCGGGUGCGGCUUCGCAUCAUAGCCUCCCCAAUGGGCAAACGAAGCCAUAUUUGGCGGCAUUCAGCCCCUCCUCAGCAGCCUCGAGCUACGCGACAUCGCCCGGCGCGUGGUCGGACUCCAUGUCGGUGGGUGCGACUCCGGCCAUGGGUGGAGCAACACCACCUACGUUUGCUUCGGUCUCGGGGACGCCUGCGAGCGACGUCAUGUCGGAGCGCUUUCCCUGGACCACGGAUGUGCACACGGCAACGGCCAUUCAGGGGUGA